AUGCGCCGCGUCCUCCGGCUGCUUCUGGGCUGCUUCCUCACCGAGCUGUGCGCUCGCGUGUGCCGGGCGCAGGAGCGAGCGGGGCACGGGCAGCUGGCGCAACUGGGUGGCGUGCUGGUGUUGGCGGGGAGCAACCGUUCCGGGGCUGCCUCUGGGGAGGCCGGCGAGGGUGCGGGGGUCUCGGACGCACCCCCGACUCGGGCGCCCACGCCAGACUUCUGCCGGGGUUACUUCGAUGUCAUGGGCCAGUGGGACCCGCCGUUCAACUGCAGCUCGGGCGACUUCAUCUUCUGCUGCGGGACUUGUGGCUUCCGGUUCUGCUGCACGUUUAAGAAACGUCGACUGAACCAAAGCACCUGCACCAACUACGACACGCCGCUCUGGCUCAACACCGGCAAGCCCCCGGCGCGCAAGGACGACCCCCUGCACGACCCCACCAAGGACAAGACCAACCUGAUCGUGUACAUCAUAUGCGGGGUGGUGGCUGUCAUGGUUCUCGUGGGCAUCUUCACCAAGCUGGGACUGGAGAAAGCACACCGGCCCCAAAGGGAGCACAUGUCCAGGGCCCUUGCAGAUGUCAUGCGGCCCCAGGGCCACUGCAACCCUGACCUCAUGGAAAGAGACCUUAAUAUUGUUGUCCACGUCCAACAUUAUGACAACAUGGAUGCGAGGACCCCCGUAAAUAACCUGCACACGACCCAGAUGAACAACGUUGUACCCACCUCUCCUCUGCUCCAGCAGAUGGGCCAUCCGCAUUCCUACCCAAACCUGGGCCAGAUCUCCAAUCCUUAUGAACAGCAGCCGCCGGGCAAAGAACUCAACAAGUACGCCUCCUUAAAGGCAGUCGGAAGUGGUGAUGGUGAGUGGGCCGUGGCAACACUUAAGUCACCCAAAGCCGACAAGGUCAAUGAUGACUUCUACUCCAAGCGACGGCACCUGGCUGAGCUGGCUGCCAAGGGGAACCUCCCUCUUCACCCGGUGAGAGUGGAGGAAGAGCCGCGGGCUUUCAGCCCGGAGCACGGUCCCGCCAAACAGAAUGGACAGAAGUCUCGCGUCAGUAAGAUACCCGCACAUCCCCUGGCCUACAACUCCACCACCGCCAACUUUAAGGGUUGGGACCCCAAUGAGCAGUCCCUCCGACGGCAGGCUUAUGGCAACAAGGGCAAGCUGGGCACGGCCGAGUCGGGCUCCAGCGACCCCUUGGGAACUCGUACUCCACACUACCCACCCCCACAGCCAUACUUCAUCACCAACAGCAAAACAGAGGUGACUGUGUGA